AAUCAAUUUCAUAAAACAGAAGCGCACAAUAAUACAUAACCUGAGUAUUUGAAAAACGUUUGAAUUGUUGCUCCAAAAAAACUUGUCAAGCGGUGAAAUUAAUUUUAAUUGCUUUUUUAUGACAAAAAGCACGAGAUGAAGAUCAGUGUUGAUGGACUUAUUGUAUAUUUUCCAUAUGAUUACAUUUAUCCAGAACAAUAUGCAUAUAUGCUGGAACUCAAACGAGGCUUGGAUGCAAAAGGCCAUUGUCUUUUGGAGAUGCCUUCAGGCACAGGGAAAACAAUAACUUUGCUUUCUUUAAUAGUUGCAUACAUGCUAGAGAAUCCUCUGGAUGUCACAAAGUUAAUUUAUUGCUCUAGAACAGUUCCUGAGAUUGAGAAAGUUCUAGAGGAAUUAAAAAAGCUCAUAGAAUAUUAUGAAAAAGAAACUAAAUCUAAGCCAAAAAUCGUUGGUUUGGUAUUGAGCUCUAGGAAAAAUAUGUGCAUUCACCCUGAGGUGAGCAGAGAACGCGAAGGUAAAGUAGUAGAUGGCCGGUGUCAUGCCCUCACAGCUUCAUAUGUUAGAGAAAGGCACAACUAUGAUGAGACAACACCCAUUUGUGCUUACUAUGAGGGUUUUGAUAUGGAUGGGCGUCAGGAGAUGAUGCCUCCUGGUAUUUAUUCUAUAGAUGAUCUUAAGGAAUAUGGAAGAGACAGAAAUUGGUGUCCUUAUUUCUUGGCCAGAUUUACUAUUUUACAUGCACAAAUUGUUGUAUACAGUUAUCACUAUUUAUUGGAUCCAAAAAUUGCGGAAACAGUAUCCAAAGAAUUAAGCAAAAGUUCUGUAGUCGUAUUUGACGAAGCUCAUAACAUUGAUAACGUAUGCAUAGAUGCAAUGAGUGUAAAAAUAAACAGAAGAAUCAUGGAGAAGAGUUCAGCGAACAUUCAACUGCUGGAAAAAACAGUAGCAGAAAUGAGGGAAGAUGACGUAAAUAAAUUAAAAGAUGAAUAUAACAGAUUGGUUGAUGGAUUAAAAGAUGCGCAGGUUGCUCGAGAAACAGAUAUUAUUUUGGCUAAUCCAAUAUUACCAGACGAGGUGCUGGAAGAGGUAGUGCCUGGUAAUAUCAGAAAGGCUGAACACUUUGUAAGUUUUCUCAAGCGUUUUGUGGAGUAUUUGAAAACCCGUUUACGAGUACAGCACGUGGUGCAAGAAUCACCCGCUAUAUUUCUACGGGACAUACAAACGAAAGUCUGCAUAGAACGUAAACCAUUAAGAUUCUGUGCUGAGAGAUUAGCAUCACUAUUGCGAACCAUGGAAAUCACUGAUCUCACUGAUUUCUCUCCACUCACUCUGAUUACACAUCUUGCGACACUGGUGUCGACGUAUACGAAAGGAUUCACAAUAAUAGUCGAGCCCUUUGAUGAUAAAACGCCAACAGUAUUGAAUCCUGUAUUACAUUUCAGUUGUUUAGAUUCAUCCAUAGCAAUGAAACCAAUAUUUGAUAGGUUUCAAUCGGUAAUCAUCACCUCAGGAACGUUAUCACCAUUGGAUAUGUAUCCAAAAAUUCUAAAUUUUCAUCCUGUUAUAAUGUCAUCGUUUACCAUGACACUAGCCAGACCGUGUUUAUUACCAAUGAUUGUAACAAAAGGAAGCGAUCAAGUAGCAAUUUCAUCAAAAUACGAAACAAGAGAUGAUGUCGCUGUUAUAAGGAAUUAUGGUCAGUUACUAGUAGAAUUUGCUGCUAAUGUUCCUGAUGGUAUAGUCUGCUUUUUCACUUCAUACUUGUACAUGGAAUCUGUCGUUGCUGCUUGGUAUGAUCAGGGUAUUGUGGAUCAACUUCAAAGAUAUAAACUGUUAUUUAUCGAAACUCAGGAUUCGGCUGAAACAAGUUUAGCACUAACGUAUUUCGUGAAAGCGUGCGAAAAUGGAAGAGGAGCUGUUUUCCUUUCUGUGGCACGUGGAAAAGUGUCGGAAGGUGUUGAUUUUGAUCAUCAUCUAGGCAGAGCUGUACUUAUGUUCGGUAUACCUUACGUAUACACACAAUCACGAAUUUUGAAAGCUAGAUUGGAGUAUCUUCGUGAUCAGUUUCAAAUAAGAGAAAAUGACUUCUUGACAUUUGACGCUAUGAGGCAUGCGGCACAGUGUGUAGGACGUGCCAUUAGAGGAAAAACUGACUACGGUAUCAUGGUUUUUGCAGACAAGCGAUUUUCAAGAGCCGACAAACGCAGCAAAUUACCCAAAUGGAUUCAGGAACAUCUGACUGAUAGCUUGUGCAAUUUAUCUACCGAAGAGGCGAUACAGAUCAGUAAAAGAUGGCUACGACAAAUGGCUCAGCCGUUCACUCGCGAGGAUCAAUUGGGCCUGUCACUCCUUACUAAAGAGCAGUUAGAGAAGGAGGAAGCUAGCAAAAUAGAAGAACAAGCGCAGCAAAAUUAAAAUGUGGAGUUUUGUGAUUAUGCUCAUGGUAGCUGUAGGUGUUGCUCGACAGUUUGCCUAUUCAACGACAGAAACAAUAUAUUCAGUACUUGAAGUAUCAUUACUGCAGACGGAGGAAUACUUGUCAGACUUUUAUACUCUACAUUUAUAUUAAUGUUUUUGUUUAAUCUCUCAAAUUAUAUCUUUGAAUGUCGUAAGUGUACAAUGUGCAAGGAUUUUUUAAGAAAAUCUAAGUGCGAUUAAAAAAGUUUAAUAACAAAUUAUGAUGAUGAAUAUUUAA